AUGGACACGUGCGCGGAGUUUGGUCGACUGGAUCUUGUCACGUCGCUGCACAACGCCGGGCACUUUGCGGGCUCCUACGCAGCCAUGAUUAGGGCAGCAACCAACGGGCACUUGGCGGUCGUCCAGUUUCUCAAGACCCACCAGUACGACGACUGCGGCGAGCUCGUGAUGCAUGGCGCUGCAGGCCACGGGCAUCUGGACGUCGUCGUCUUCUUGCAUGAGCACUGCACUAAAGAGGAAUUUCGCCUUGCGCUGUUGUGGGCGUGCGCACGCGGUCACGUCGCUGUUGUGCGGUACCUGCACAGCGUCAUGCAUGCGUCAGUGCUUGAUACCCAGCCACAAUGGGCCGCGCGUCGUGGGCACUUGGAGGUCGUCCGCUACCUCCACGAAGAAGGACUCGGUCAAUGGACCUCCCACGUCAUGGACUUCGCCGCCGCCUCUGGCAACUGCGACCUCGUGGCCUUUCUGCACACGCACCGAAGCGAAGGCUGCUCGGCCGCUGCGAUGGACGGUGCUGUGGAGCACUGUCAUCUCGAGGUCGUGCGCUAUCUGUGUGAGGUGGUGCGUCGCACGUGUGUUUCUCCGUUGACGCUACAAAGAAGCUCGCCCGCCGUCCUCUUGUACCUCGACUCGAUUGGUGUCGAUGUCGUGGGCGCCCUCCGCAGCGCCUUAACUCGGCGGUUUGUUGCGCUCGCCGAGUACUUGACGUAUCUAAAGGCGCGUCCGUCAAGGUAG